UGGUUGCACUGCGCACAGCCAAUCCAGCCUAUUCUGAGUGGGGGCUGUGAGGGGGAGGAGGAGGAAAGGGAGUGAAAGAGAGAGAGAGAGCGAGAGAGAGAGAGGGAUUGUGAUUGUUGCUCAGCCACUCAUCCUCCCGUAGCGUCUCAAUCCUCUGGUCUUGCUAAGCCAGACUGGAGGGCAGGGCAUCUUUUAAUCACACGGCGGAUUUCUCCUCAGUCACUUGCUGCAGGGGGCAGCUGAGGGGAAGGACAACAAGAAGAAUUUCAUCUCACCGAUUCGCCGUCCCGUGGGUGACAGCCACUUGCCUUUGAUUGUAUUGUCCUGCCCUUGUCCGGUCUAUUGUUUUCCUUUCUCUUUUCUUCGCCCUUUUCUUUUCAUUGUGCUCAUUCGGAGUACCACUGGCAGGAGCUCGGGUGGAGUUCUGAUCCCCUCCCCCCUUGAUCGGCAUUCUGCCCUGCGCUUGGUGAGGGCCGCCAUCGCUGGCAGUGUUGUUGUUGUGUCGUCGCUCCCUCCGCUAGCAGCUGAGUCACCAUGUCUGAUCUGACGCCCCAGAGCGAGGCCCCCACCCCCACCACGGACAAGAUCACCCAGGCCGCCCGGGAGACCAUCUAUCUCUGCAACUUUCGCGUGUCCGUGGAUGGCGAGUGGCUGUGCCUUCGCGAGCUCAACGACAUCUCGCUCACGCCUGACCCCGAGCCCGCUCAUGAAGAUUCAUGGGAGGAUUUCACAGAAUUGGUGGAACAAAUGCAAAUGCUUGAUGAGUUUAAAGAUCCCAAGGACCCUAUUGCAAUCGAAAGGCUUAACCUGAUGAACAUGGCAAAGCUGAGCAUUAAGGGCCUGAUCGAAUCUGCACUAAACCUGGGCCGCACUCUGGACUCGGACUACGCUCCUUUGCAGCAGUUUUUCGUAGUGAUGGAGCACUGUCUGAAACAUGGACUCAAAAGUAAGAAGACAUUCCUUGGUCAGAACAAGUCAUUUUGGGGCCCUCUGGAGUUAGUGGAGAAGCUGACUCCAGAAGCUGGCGAGAUCACAGCUAGUGUCAAAGAUCUUCCGGGACUCAAAACUCCACUGGGAAGAGGCAGAGCAUGGUUGCGAUUGGCCUUAAUGCAGAAGAAGCUCUCAGACUACAUGAAGACCAUCAUCAACAGAAAGGACCUAUUAAGUGAGUUCUAUGAGCCCAAUGCUCUGAUGAUGGAGGAAGAAGGAGCAGUCAUUGCUGGAUUGUUGGUGGGACUGAAUGUCAUUGAUGCAAACUUGUGUAUGAAGGGAGAAGACCUGGACUCUCAGGUUGGGGUAAUAGAUUUUUCCAUGUAUCUAAAAGAUGGAGGUCACAGCAGCAAGAGCACAGAAGGUGAUGGACAAAUCACAGCUAUCCUUGACCAGAAAAAUUAUGUAGAGGAACUAAACAGACAUUUAAGUGCUUCUGUGAAUAACCUACAAGCCAAAGUGGAUGCUCUCGAGAAGUCUAACACAAAACUAACAGAGGAGCUUGCAGUUGCAAACAACAGAAUCAUCACCUUACAAGAAGAGGUGGAGAGAGUGAAAGAAGAAAGCUCUUAUCUUGUGGAGUCCAGCCGAAAGGCAUCGAGACCAGACGGAGCUGCAGACGGACAAGUUCUUGGCGAGACUCGCAAACAGCUCAAAGAGGAAACUCAGCUCCGACUGGAUGUGGAGAAAGAGCUGGAGGUGCAGAUAGGGAUGAGGCAGGAGAUGGAGCUGUCCAUGAAGAUGCUGGAGAAGGACAUCUGUGAGAAGCACGACGCACUGGUGGAGCUCAGACAGCAGCUAGAAGAUGUGCGUAGACUCAACCAUGAGCUCUCCCACAAGUCACAGAGCUCAGAGUCCAGCAUCAAACAGAAGGCUGAAAUAAUCAGUCGCUUGGAAGAGAAAACAAACCAGAUGGCAUCCACCAUCAAACAACUGGAGAACAGUGAGAAAGACGUGGUCAAACAAGCACGGAACUUGAAUUCAGCCGCAGGAAAACUGCUGCAAAAGCAACAAUAAAUCAUUUCAGAUGCCUACUAAUAGGUUCACCAGUACAGAUCCUAAAUUUGCAUAUUAUAGAAACAACUAGGGUAUUUGUUUUGUAUUGGGUUUAAGAUCUGUCGCAGUUCUUUUCUCAUAUGGACUACCGUUUUUUUUUGCCUCUACUUUGAAUAGCUUACUCUAAACCAGCUCUUCUCUCUCUAGUCUCUCCGUCUUUGUGUUUUACCAGAUACGAAGUGCAGCCGUUUCAGAAGGUGUGAGAAUGGCUAUAGAUCUGGGCUGGCUUUUGGCUCUUGUGUUGGUUCUGGAAAGCUUUGGUCCAGCAGUUUAUAAAAAAAUAGGCAAUGGUAACAAAGCAAUGCAUAUCACUUUUAUCUCUAAUGUAUCUUCAUAAUCUUCGAAAGACCAACUACCAUAAAACGACUUUUGCUGUGUGUGAACUGAAGCCUUUAGCCAUGGGAAACAUUACUUUAGAGUUUACAGUUUAACCGAUAGUAAUCCUGAAAGAUCACAAGUAAUGACAGUGAAACAAAAAUAUACAAUCCAAUGUGCAAGAACAUUUUUAAAUUCAAGUUUUAAAUAGUUGUUCUUUUGAGAGAAACAAAAAAAAAACAAUACUACGAUUUAUACUUUAAAUGAGACAGAUCUUUUAGCACAUGGACCUGAAUGAGCUCUGACACAAGUUUUAGGAUGUCCUGUGUGGUGACUGUGCUUUUAAACUGACUCCCCUGGUUAAUAAUUAUGCAAUUGACUCUUGAAUUGAACAUUUGUACUCAGGAGGUUCUGGUUGUUGCUUUUUUAAGGUGGAAGAUCAUGUGCCUGAAUUAAACAUUAAAGUUCAUUUUUAAAUUGAAUUCUAAGUGAAUUCUAAAUGAAGUCUAAGGAGGUAGUCGACGCCAAAUGUAAAAGCCACAGUCCUGUGUAAGCCCAAAAAUAAAGUUCUUCUAAGGUUCAGAUGGACGAGGUUUGUCCUCUAAAUUGCAACGGAUUGAUGAACAAAAGUGUAUGUGGACUUUAACAAUAGAUGUAAACUGUAGUACAGUAGCAUAAUAAAACAAAAAAUAUGAA